CUUCUUGGAAACAAAAUCUCCACAUACAUUGUGGUUUGGGUUUUAUUUGUUUGGUUUUGUUGGUUUUUUCCUUUGUCUGUUUGGUUUUUGGGUUUUUUUAAGCUUAAUAUUGGUUUUGGAGCUUAGAGAAACUAGUGUACAGCAGCCUGUGAGUUUUGUCCCCCUUCCCUUAUCUUGCUGCUUGUUCAGGGCUUGGGGUGUGCUUAGGCUUUGUUCUGGAGGCAGGACUGCAGCAGGAAUCCCUGGCUGGCGGCUGGUGCCCAGCUGGGUCCUGCUGAGCUGCGUUAUUCCCAAGCUCACCUCCAAGCACUGUGCCUAAUGCUGUUCCUCCUGCUCCCAGCAGCUGUUGCCACAGAGAUGCCACCAUGGCUUUGAUGGUUGUCAACCAGAAGGAUUUAGAAUAAUGCGAAGGUUGUGACCAUCAAGGGGGGAUGUCAGCGCUGCCUUCCUGGGGCUGGAGGAUUGAAAAGGAGAAAGGACCAGAGCUGUUUGAUCCAGGCUGCUUUUGACUGCUGCCUCAAUCUGCUGUACCCUGGUGGUGGUGGAAGAACAGGGCAGUCGUUCCUGCUCGGUUCUGUGGUAUCACCACAGCAGGGUCACCAUGAAUGUAACAAGUUUAUUCUCCUUCACCAGCCCAGCAGUGAAGAGGCUGUUGGGGUGGAAGCAAGGAGAUGAAGAAGAGAAGUGGGCAGAGAAAGCUGUUGACGCACUAGUGAAAAAACUGAAGAAGAAAAAAGGUGCUAUGGAGGAGCUGGAAAAAGCACUAAGCUGUCCUGGUCAGCCCAGCAACUGUGUCACAAUUCCUCGUUCCCUGGACGGCCGGCUGCAGGUGUCGCACCGGAAAGGGCUCCCGCACGUCAUUUACUGCAGAGUGUGGCGCUGGCCAGACCUGCAGAGCCACCAUGAACUGAAACCUCUGGAGUGCUGCGAGUUCCCCUUUGGUUCAAAACAGAAGGAGGUUUGCAUCAAUCCCUACCACUACAAGCGGGUGGAAAGUCCUGUUCUUCCCCCGGUGCUGGUUCCGAGGCACAGCGAGUACAACCCCCAGCACAGCCUCUUGGCGCAGUUCCGCAACCUGGGGCAGAACGAGCCGCACAUGCCGCACAACGCCACCUUCCCGGACUCCUUCCAGCAGCCCAACAGCCACCCGUUCCCCCAGUCGCCCAGCAGCAGCUACCCCAACUCUCCUGGGAGCAGCAGCAGCACCUACCCACAUUCUCCAGCCAGCUCAGACCCGGGAAGUCCUUUCCAGAUGCCAGCUGAUACUCCCCCGCCCACUUACCUGCCUCCGGAAGAUCCGAUGACACACGAUACCUCCCAGCCCAUGGAUACCAACAUGAUGGCACCUGCAAUUCCCCCUGACGUGCACAGAGGAGAUGUCCAGGCCGUUGCUUACGAAGAGCCGAAGCACUGGUGCUCCAUCGUCUACUACGAGCUGAACAACCGCGUGGGGGAGGCGUUCCACGCGUCCUCCACCAGCAUCCUGGUGGAUGGCUUCACUGACCCCUCCAACAACAAGAACAGGUUCUGCCUGGGGCUGCUCUCCAACGUCAACCGCAACUCCACCAUUGAGAACACGAGGCGGCACAUCGGCAAAGGUGUCCAUCUCUACUACGUUGGAGGGGAGGUGUACGCUGAAUGUUUGAGCGACAGCAGCAUCUUUGUGCAAAGUCGGAACUGCAACUACCACCACGGCUUCCAUCCCACCACGGUCUGCAAAAUCCCCAGUGGCUGCAGUCUGAAGAUUUUCAAUAACCAAGAGUUUGCUCAGCUCCUGGCUCAGUCCGUGAACCAUGGCUUUGAGACAGUGUAUGAGCUUACUAAGAUGUGCACUCUCCGGAUGAGUUUUGUAAAGGGUUGGGGAGCUGAAUAUCAUCGCCAGGAUGUAACGAGCACUCCAUGCUGGAUAGAGAUACAUCUCCAUGGUCCCCUUCAGUGGCUGGAUAAAGUACUUACUCAGAUGGGCUCUCCUCAUAAUCCUAUUUCUUCAGUGUCUUAAAAGGUCCCAAGCUCCUGCGUUUUGGAAACAGUUGAGCCUUGCAUGUACUUGAAAGAUGUAUGAGUCAGACACACAUUUUUUUUUUUUCCCCCCCCUCAGCUGGCAACAGCUGAAAAAGAGCCAUGAAAACACUUGACUUCUGUGACCAACUGCUGGGUUCAGAAAACAAAGAUAAAUAAACCCCUUUGACAUACUGUUGGUAUAAAGAAUUUUAGUUUACAUUGUAAUGUACUGUUGUGGAGUUGAUUUACAGGGCUUAGUACAAGAGGGACAACAGAGCCAAAGCCAAACUCAGUGUGCUGGACAGAGUUCCCGAAGGAUUUUUCUGCAGCCGUCACUCUUAAGGUUCUCCUUCCUUACAUUCAGCACUCACUGGUUUCCUCCACGUCCUCUGGAGCUAAGAGUGGAUGUUGGCCAAGUCUGCUUUUUGCAGCCUCUCUUCAGUACUUCUUGGAAACAUUACACUGAUGGUUGCUGUUCUCUUUAAAAGUAAAAGCAAGCAUAAGGUUUAAUCUCAAUAACUGUGUGCUGUCUCUGAAAUUGUGUCCUGACCAUACUGCUGUAAGAAUGUUAGGUAUGUUCUUUUGCUAAAUGUAUGUAUGGUGUAUUUGAAAGUUUAGAAAUUAAUUAGAUUUAGACCAUAAAGGAAUUAGGAAUAUUUGAAUGGGGGGAGGUGGGAGUGGGAGGGGAAAAUGACAGCUGAAAUGUAGAAUAUAUUGUAAACAUAGCGUGUUAGUUUAAACUGAGGUCUGAAUUUUGUUGUGCAUUUUGUUUUCAUAGUGGCUUCAUCUUGUUAGUUCUGACUGUUUGCCUCUUCCUUUUCCCCCAAAGCAACUGUGCAGCUUCUUUUACCCAUGAAGAGGACAAAAUUAUUAAUUACUGCAGUUUGAAGGCUGUAGCUCUAUGUAUUUCAAGACAAAUUUGUACAGAGUGCUCUUUAACUACUGAGCAGUUUUAUACACUUUAUGUAACAAAAGUAGGCUUUUAUUCUGUGAGAGAAUCUUGUUUUGCCAAACCUAGUAACUGUUAAUUGUCGGGAGGACUUCAGUAUCCCUGUGGGGGUCUAUUUCAAACGUUAAAAAUAUAUAUAUUUUUAAUUUUUUUUUUGCUUGGUUUAUUUUCUUCUCUUUGCUCUUUUAUAUUCAUGUAAGCUGUAGUACUUUCAAGUACUUUUAUUCCAAAACUAGUGGGUCCUCUUUACUGGAAAUUUUGAAUAAAACCUGUUGUUACUGCUUUCAUUUGAUUAAAA